AUGGAAAGCGCCUCCAGCUCCAUCCUGAGCCUCUUUGGCAAGGAAGAGGCGAUGUCGAGCGAUGAGAUGGCGGCGGCAAUGGAGCCGUGCCGCGUGCUGGCGGGCAGUGAGGAUGAGUGCCCCAUCUGCACGGAGCCCUACGACGACCAGCGGCACAAACCGGCCCUGCUGAACUGCAGCCACGGGCUGUGCCGCGCCUGCCUGCGCACCAUCAUGGACACGGCCGCCGGCGCCGAGUUCGGCCGCGUGCGCUGCCCCAUCUGCCGCCAGAAGACACCCAUGCUGGAGUGGGAGAUCUGCAAGCUGCAAGAGGAGCUGCUCCUGCUGCACGCCCAGCCCGGCUCCCCUGGCACCCUGGCCACCCCCCGGCCCCCCGCCCUGCCGCCCCGGCGCCCCGGCCUGGCCGGUGCCCUCGAGCAUCGCUUCCAGGUGCGCUUUCACACCAGCCGCAUGUUCGGGUGCCUGCCCUGUGUCCGGUACCCGCCCUGCCUCAUCCACGGGCUGACGCGGCUGGAGCGCCGCUGCCGCUGCUGCUACCUCCUGCUCCUGGCGCUGCUGCUGGCGGCAGAGAUGCUCAGCUUGCUCCUCAUCUUCCUCCCCAUCGUCCUCAUGGUGAUUCUCUUCCUCAUCCUCGAUAAAUAG